AAUGAAAGAGAUAUAUACCUUCCUUGCACAACUUAUGAACCACACAUAUAUAGUAACCCAACCCAUUUCAUCUCAUUCUUCUUUCUUCUUCCAUUUUCCACACCCGAAAGAAAAUGAAAAUGCCAUCUUUUCUAGAUUCUUUACCUCAACGUUCAUUCUUCUUUUGUUUCCUCCUUCUUCCACUUUUGCUUUUACUCUUGCUCUUAGUCCCACCUUCAUCUUCUUCUUCUUCAACUUUAUCUUCAUCCUCUUCAAGUUCCUCUAAUAAAGUAACCAUGUCAAUCUACUAUGAAAGUUUGUGUCCUUAUUGUGCUGAUUUCAUAGUGAAUCAUCUUGUGAAACUCUUCCAAACAAAUCUCAUCUCCAUUGUUAACCUUAGAUUGAUCCCUUGGGGGAAUGCUUGGAUUGCACCUGAUGGCACUUUUGAUUGUCAGCAUGGAAAUGAUGAAUGCUUUCUAAACACGAUCGAGGCCUGCACCAUUAAAAUAUAUCCUGAUGCGGGACAGCAUUUCAGAUUUAUACACUGUUUGGAGCGUCUGACUUUAGAGAAUCGUCAUAAGGAAUGGUUUAAUUGCUUCCAAAUGACAGGCUUGACCACAAUGCCUAUUGAUUGCUACAAAAAUGGCAAUGGAAAAUCUAUUGAACAAAAGUUUGCUAAGGAAACAGCUGACCUCAAUCCUCCUCAUAAUUUUGUUCCAUGGGUGGUUAUCAACAACCAAGCACUCAAAGAGGACUACUUAAAUUUUGUGGCAUAUAUUUGCAAGGCAUACAAGGGAAAUUUGAAACCAGAUGCUUGUGGAUCAGUUUCAACAAAAACUUAUUAUGAUUCAGAUGCAAAAAUCAACUCUUCUCAUCAUGUUUGUUAUAUAGAUGAAGCCAAAAAUCUCACCUUACUAGGUACUAGUCACCAAAUUAAGGUGUAAAUUCCUAUGACAAAUGAAGUUGGAAUGCAUUUUUGAUAAUUUUCAUGUGGAAAUGCAAAUGAUUAUGAUAGAA